CAGUCUGACGCCCGGCUCCACGCCCGCCGCUGAGGGACGCGGGAGGCCGGCCCCCUCCGGGGCGGAGGUCGGAGGUCGCCGCGGAGCAUGGCGCCCGCCUGGGGCCGCGGCCUGGCGUCCGUGGGGCUCCUCGUGGUCCUGCUGGCCGGAGGCUGCUCGGGAGAAGAGCCCCCCAGGUUUGUCAAAGAACCCAAGGACCAGAUCGGCGUGUCGGGGGGCGUGGCCUCCUUCGUGUGCCAGGCCACGGGCGACCCCAAGCCACGGGUGACCUGGAACAAGAAGGGCAAGAAGGUCAACUCUCAGCGCUUCGAGACCAUCGAGUUUGACGAGAGUGCGGGCGCCGUGCUGAGGAUCCAGCCGCUGAGGACGCCGCGGGACGAAAACGUGUACGAGUGUGUGGCCCAGAACGCGGUGGGGGAGGUCGCGGUCCACGCCAAGCUCACCGUCCUACGAGAGGACCAGCUGCCCUCCGGCUUCCCCAACAUCGACAUGGGCCCGCAGCUGAAGGUGGUGGAGCGCACGCGGACGGCCACCAUGCUCUGUGCCGCCAGCGGCAACCCCGACCCCGAGAUCACCUGGUUCAAGGACUUCCUGCCCGUGGACCCGAGUGCCAGCAACGGGCGCAUCAAGCAGCUGCGAUCAGAAACCUUUGAAAGCACUCCGAUCCGAGGAGCCCUGCAGAUCGAGAGCAGCGAGGAGACGGACCAGGGCAAGUACGAGUGCGUGGCCACCAACAGCGCCGGCGUGCGCUACUCCUCGCCCGCCAACCUCUACGUGCGAGAGCUUCGAGAAGCAAGAAGGGUGGCGCCUCGGUUCUCCAUCCUGCCCAUGAGCCACGAGAUCAUGCCAGGUGGCAACGUGAACAUCACCUGCGUGGCCGUGGGCUCGCCCAUGCCCUACGUCAAGUGGAUGCAGGGGGCCGAGGACCUGACCCCCGAGGACGACAUGCCCGUGGGUCGGAAUGUUCUAGAACUCACGGAUGUCAAGGACUCGGCCAACUACACGUGCGUGGCCAUGUCCAGCCUGGGCGUCAUCGAGGCGGUGGCCCAGAUCACGGUGAAAUCUCUGCCCAAAGCCCCCGGGACUCCCAUGGUGACAGAGAACACAGCCACCAGCAUCACCAUCACGUGGGACUCGGGCAACCCGGACCCUGUGUCCUAUUAUGUCAUCGAGUAUAAAUCCAAGAGCCAGGACGGGCCGUACCAGAUCAAGGAGGACAUCACCACCACGCGCUACAGCAUCGGCGGCCUGAGCCCCAACUCGGAGUACGAGAUCUGGGUGUCGGCCGUGAACUCCAUCGGCCAGGGCCCGCCCAGCGAGUCGGUGGUCACCCGCACGGGCGAGCAGGCCCCGGCCAGCGCGCCGCGGAACGUGCAGGCCCGCAUGCUCAGCGCCAGCACCAUGAUCGUGCAGUGGGAGGAGCCGGUGGAGCCCAACGGGCUGAUCCGCGGCUACCGCGUCUACUACACCAUGGAGCCCGAGCACCCCGUGGGCAACUGGCAGAAGCACAACGUGGACGACAGCCUGCUGACCACCGUGGGCAGCCUGCUGGAGGACGAGACCUACACCGUGCGCGUGCUGGCCUUCACCUCCGUGGGCGACGGGCCCCUCUCGGACCCCAUCCAGGUCAAGACGCAGCAGGGAGUGCCCGGCCAGCCCAUGAACCUGCGGGCCGAGGCCAAGUCGGAGACCAGCAUCGCGCUGUCCUGGAGCCCCCCGCGGCAGGAGAGCGUGGUCAAGUACGAGCUGCUCUUCCGCGAAGGCGACCACGGCAGGGAGGUGGGAAGAACCUUCGACCCGACGACCUCCUUCGUGGUGGACGACCUCAAGCCCAACACGGAGUACGCCUUCCGGCUGGCGGCGCGCUCGCCGCAGGGCCUGGGCGCCUUCACCGCGCCGGUGCGGCAGCGCACGCUGCAGUCCAAACCGUCAGCCCCCCCUCAAGACGUUAAGUGUGUCAGCGUGCGCUCCACGGCCAUUUUGGUAAGUUGGCGCCCGCCGCCGCCGGACACUCGCAACGGGCCCCUGGUGGGCUACAGCGUGCGCUACCGACCGCUGGGCUCGGAGGACCCGGCCCCCAAGGAGGUGGACGGCAUCCCCCCGACCGCCACCCAGAUCCUGCUGGAGGCCUUGGAGAAGUGGACGGAGUACCGCGUCACGGCCGUCGCGCACACGGAGGUGGGGCCGGGGCCCGAGAGCUCGCCCGUGGUCGUCCGCACCGAGGAAGACGUGCCCAGCGCGCCCCCGCGGAAGGUGGAGGCGGAGGCGCUCAACGCCACGGCCAUCCGCGUGCUGUGGCGCUCGCCCGCGCCCGGCCGGCAGCACGGCCAGAUCCGCGGCUACCAGGUCCACUACGUGCGCAUGGAGGGCGCCGAGGCCCGCGGGCCGCCCCGCAUCAAGGACGUCAUGCUGGCCGAUGCCCAGUGGGAGACGGAUGACACGGCCGAGUAUGAGAUGGUCAUCACAGACCUGCAGCCCGAGACCGCCUACUCCGUCACCGUGGCCGCCUACACCAUGAAAGGGGACGGCGCUCGCAGCAAACCCAAGGUGGUGGUGACCAAGGGGGCAGUGCUGGGCCGGCCCGCCCUGUCCGUGCAGCACACCGCCGAGGGCAGCCUGCUGGCGCGCUGGGCGCCCCCCGCGGGCGCGGCCGAGGGCGAGGUGCUGGGCUACCGCCUGCAGUUCGGCCGCGAGGACGCGGCGCCGCUGGCCACGCUGGAGUUCCCGCCCUCCGAGGACCGCUACGCGGCGUCGGGCGUGCACAAGGGCGCCACGUACGUGUUCCGGCUGGCGGCGCGCGGCCGCGGCGGCCUGGGCGAGGAGGCGGCCGAGGCCCUGAGCAUCCCCGAGGACGCGCCCCGCGGCCACCCGCAGAUCCUGGAGGCCGCGGGCAACGCGUCGGCCGGCACCGUCCUGCUGCGCUGGCUGCCGCCCGUGCCCGCCGAGCGCAACGGCGCCAUCGUCAAGUACACGGUGGCCGUGCGGGAGGCCGGCGCGCCCGGGCCCGCGCGAGAGACCGAGCUGCCCGCGGCCGCCGAGCCCGGCGCCGAGAACGCGCUCACGCUGCGCGGCCUCAAGCCCGACACGGCCUACGACCUGCAAGUGCGCGCGCACACGCGCCGCGGCCCCGGCCCCUUCAGCCCCCCCGUGCGCUACCGGGCGCUGCCGCGGGACCAAGUCUCGCCCAGGAACUUCAAGGUGAAGAUGAUCAUGAAGACGUCCGUGCUGCUGAGCUGGGAGUUCCCCGACAACUACAACUCGCCCACGCCCUACAAGAUCCAGUACAACGGGCUCACGCUGGACGUGGACGGCCGCACCACCAAGAAGCUGAUCACGCGCCUCAAGCCGCACACCUUCUACAACUUCGUGCUGGCCGGCCGCGGCAGCAGCCUGGGCGGCCUGCAGCAGACGGUCACCGCCUGGACCGCCUUCAACCUGCUCAGCGCCAAGCCCAGCGUGGCGCCCAAGCCCGACGCCGACGGCUUCAUCAUGGUCUAUCUGCCCGACGGCCAGAGCCCCGUGCCCGUCCAGAGCUACUUCAUCGUGAUGGUGCCGCUCCGCAGGUCCCGUGGGGGCCAGUUCCUGAGCCCGCUGGGCAGCCCGGAAGACAUGGACCUCGAGGAGCUCAUCCAGGACAUCUCACGGCUGCAGAGGCGCAGCCUGCGCCACUCGCGCCAGCUGGAGGCGCCCCGGCCCUACAUCGCCGCCCGCUUCUCCGUGCUGCCCUCCACGUUCCACCCCGGCGACCAGAAGCAGUACGGCGGCUUCGACAACCGGGGCCUGGAGCCCGGCCACCGCUACGUCCUCUUUGUGCUUGCCGUGCUGCAGAAGAGCGAGCCCACCUUCGCAGCCAGCCCCUUCUCAGACCCCUUCCAGCUGGAUAAUCCGGACCCACAGCCCAUCGUGGAUGGCGAGGAGGGGCUCAUCUGGGUGAUCGGACCUGUGUUAGCCGUGGUCUUCAUCAUCUGCAUCGUCAUUGCCAUCCUGCUCUACAAGAACAAACCUGACAGCAAGCGCAAGGACUCGGAGCCCCGCACCAAAUGCCUGCUCAACAACGCGGACCUCGCCCCCCACCACCCCAAGGACCCCGUGGAGAUGAGGCGCAUCAACUUCCAGACCCCAGAUUCAGGCCUCAGCCGCCCCCUCAGGGAGCCGGGCCUUCACUUGGAAAGGGGACAGAGCGGCGGGGACGGCGCUUCCGUCACCGGCCACGCCCGCUCUGCGGCUCCCUGCGCCCACCUGCCCUCUCGGGCUGACCUCCACCUGCCCCCCCGCUGGGUCUGGCCACACGCUCCAAUUCUCAUUCGCGACAUGGCGUAUGCCCACCUGUUUAGUCUGUCUUUAAUGCCUUAUUACUGUCACCUCAAGCUCUCCCAGGAGUACGAGUCCAUCGACCCCGGGCAGCAGUUCACGUGGGAGCACUCCAACCUGGAGGCCAACAAGCCCAAGAACCGCUACGCCAACGUCAUCGCCUACGACCACUCGCGGGUCAUCCUCCAGCCCAUCGAAGGCAUCGCGGGCAGCGACUACAUCAACGCCAACUACGUGGACGGCUACCGGCGGCAGAACGCGUACAUCGCCACGCAGGGGCCGCUGCCCGAGACCUUCGGCGACUUCUGGCGCAUGGUGUGGGAGCAGCGGUCGGCCACCGUCGUCAUGAUGACGCGGCUGGAGGAGAAGUCGCGGAUCAAGUGUGACCAGUACUGGCCCGGCAGAGGCACGGAGACCUACGGCUUCAUCCAGGUGACCCUGCUGGACACCGUCGAGCUGGCCACGUUCUGCGUGAGGACCUUCUCCCUGCACAAGGUGGCCGGGGCAGCGGGGAGGCGUGUUGGGGACACGGGGGUGGGCGGGCGGCCUCUGCCAGGGAGCUCGGACGGGACAGAGAACACCAGGCGUGUCCCACGGAGCCUGCUCCAUCCCGCCUCGCACCGUUCACGCCCCUGCCACCCGCUCACUGCCCCGCCCACGCCGCCCUGCGCCCCAACCUCGCCCUGCCUCCUUGCCCGCCCGGCCGCGGCCCUCCCGUGCCUCCCCAUGUCCCUGCACCCGCGCCCCCUUCUGCCCCCCCCCGUGCGCCCCGCCCGCACCCCUGCACCUGUCCGCCUCCCGGCCGCCGUGCUCGCCGCCCCUUGCGCCCCCCCCGUGGCCCCGCCCGGACCCACCCAUGCACCUGGUCUCGCCUCCCCGUGCCCCGCCCGCGCUCCGCUCACCCGCUGUCCCGCCCGCAGCGCUGGCGUGGGCCGCACGGGCUGCUUCAUCGUCAUCGACGCCAUGCUGGAGCGCAUCAAGCCCGAGAAGACGGUGGACGUGUACGGGCACGUGACGCUGAUGCGCUCGCAGCGCAACUACAUGGUGCAGACGGAGGACCAGUACAGCUUCAUCCACGAGGCCCUGCUGGAGGCCGUGGGCUGCGGCAACACCGAGGUGCCCGCGCGCAGCCUGUACGCCUACAUCCAGAAGCUGGCGCAGGUGGAGCCCGGCGAGCACGUCACCGGCAUGGAGCUCGAGUUCAAGCGGCUGGCCAACUCCAAGGCCCACACGUCGCGCUUCAUCAGUGCCAACCUGCCUUGUAACAAGUUCAAGAACCGCCUGGUGAACAUCAUGCCCUACGAGAGCACGCGGGUCUGUCUGCAGCCCAUCCGGGGCGUGGAGGGCUCCGACUACAUCAACGCCAGCUUCAUCGACGGCUACAGGCAGCAGAAGGCCUACAUCGCGACGCAGGGGCCGCUGGCGGAGACCACGGAGGACUUCUGGCGCAUGCUGUGGGAGAACAACUCCACCAUCGUGGUGAUGCUCACCAAGCUGCGGGAGUGCCGGGUGGAGCGGCGGCCGGGCGGCGGGGCGCGGGGGCGCGCUGGUGGGCGGCGAGCGGGACCGCGGGCGCCGCGGCGCGGCGGCGACGCGCACCGGCCGUGUCCUCGCCAGGAGAAGUGCACAUACUGGGCCCGAGCGCUCCGCCUACAUACUUCGGUGACCGAUGGCGGAGACGGGCAGUCGCGGACGGUGCGGCAGUUCCAGUUCACGGACUGGCCGGAGCAGGGCGUGCCCAAGUCGGGCGAGGGCUUCAUCGACUUCAUCGGCCAGGUGCACAAGACCAAGGAGCAGUUCGGCCAGGACGGCCCCAUCUCUGUCCACUGCAGCGCGGGCGUGGGCAGGACGGGCGUGUUCGUCACGCUGAGCAUCGUGCUCGAGCGCAUGCGGUACGAGGGCGUGGUGGACGUCUUCCAGACCGUGAAGGUGCUGCGCACCCAGCGGCCGGCCAUGGUGCAGACGGAGGACGAGUACCAGUUCUGCUACCAGGCGGCGCUGGAAUACCUUGGAAGCUUUGACCACUAUGCAACCUAAAGCCAUGGCCCUCCCCGGCCGACACCGCUGGCCUUGGACGCCUCUGCCCCUCCCGGGCGGACCCCCGGAGGCCUGGAACCCCGGCGGGCAGGGCAGGAAGAGGAGGAGGCGGCGGCUGCGUUUGGAGCCGUCUCCGGGACGACGCAGCCCCCCGAGCCCCCGCACGGCCCGGCCGCCUCCCUGGCCCCGGCCGCCUGCCUUCAAAUACUUGGCACAUUCCUCAUUUCCUUCCGAUUCCAAAACGAGAGAUUCCGGGGUGGGGGGUGGGGGGAUGGUGAGCAAACAGGGGCGCGCCCCAGCAGCAGAGGGGGGGCGGGGCGCGGACUGUGGACUUGACCCCUGGUCCUCCCCGGGGACCCCGCCCUGCCCCACAGCCUGGAGGCCAGGGCUGGAGGCCGGGGCUGGAGGCCAGGUCCCAGCUUUCUUUUAAAACUCUCCAUGUAACUGUACCCCGCGACUUUUUUUUUUAAAUAGCAUAUUUUUUUUUCCAUUUUUUUUUUUUUAAAGCAGCAGCAAACACAAGACUUGCCAGUCACUGAAUUUACAAGGAACAGCUUUGCUGCUGCUUCGUGUUCUGUUGAGAGACGGUCUGUUUCUCCCGGUAGGACACGGCCCUGUCCGUCACGGCCCGCGGCUGUCCCAGCUUUUUCUUUUCGUCCCAACAUCAGAAGUCGUGCCCAGCUCACGCUAAGGAUGUCCUUUUGUGCCUGUUUUUUUUUUCUUCUUCUUCUUCUUCUCUCCUUUCAUUUUUUCUGAAUUAAAUGUCCAGACAUAUCAAGGAUGGUUCCGAGGGUGGGGCCGUGGGGCCUCGGACCCCCUGCCCCGCAGCCCCGGUGACAGGCCGGCGUGGGGGAGCGCGGCCGUGGGCGCCCCGCACCAGGGACCCUUUCUCCCUGGGACUAUGGGGCGAUUUGGGGGACCCCCCCUCCCCACCCUGAGCAAGUGAGUUUUUUUUUUCUUUGUACGAGAGCAGAUCUGCGGUUCCUUUCAACACUUUACUCAAGAGGAAGCAGCUGGGUGGUUUUCCCACCUCUGUGUAUGUAGAUAUAUCGACUUUGUAUUAAAGGAAGAUCGUCCGACCCCA